UUACAUGGGACUGGGAUCUCAGUCAUGAUGUUUUCUCAUGGUUUGUAUGGGACUCUGUUGAUGUUGUGCAUUGGACAAAGUUUUAGUGAAAAUCUGCAGUUUCCGGAGUUUAAUGGGGCAACAGGAAAAAAUGUAGUGUUUGCCCCUGAAGAUCCACCAUACAUUUCUUCACAGAUUAUUUUAAUUACAUGGGCUUUUGGACUGGAUAUUAUUAUUACCUUUAACAAUGGUGAAAAUAAUGUACAUCCAGAAUAUGAAGGCAGAGUUGAUCUGAACCCCACCACAGCUGCUCUGAAGCUCAAGAACCUGACACUGAAUGAUUCAGGAACAUACAGGCUGUCUGUAACAACAACUGAUCUCCAAAACCAUGCAGGAGAAACUUCACUCAAAGUGUAUGAAACAGUAUCUGACACCACACUCAUUGGUCCACAAGAAUCAUUAAUAGAUGAAGAAUCAAAUGCAAACAUAACCUGUGAAGGAAGUGGCGACAUCACUUCUGUGGAAUGGAUGAAAGAUAAUAAUCCACUGACAUCGAUCAACAGAAUCAUCUUCUCAUCUGAUAACAGAUCAGUGUCGAUCAGUCCAGUGAUCAGAUCAGACAGUGGAGAAUAUCAAUGUACAUUAAGAAACCCUGCCAGCUCUGAUACUGCAAACCUCAGACUUACCAUCAACUAUGGACCAGAAGAUGUUUUUAUUGACGGUUCGAAUGAAGUAGAUUUAGGCCGUCCUGUGUCACUGUCUUGCUCUGCCACUUCUGUACCUUCUGCUUCAUUCACCUGGAGGUUUAAUGGAUCAGACACCGGUGUAACCACAAACACAUUUACCAUUGAUAAGAGUGACAUCACACACAGUGGAGAUUACAUCUGCACAGCCCACAAUGAUGUCACAGAGAUAAAUGUCUCUCAAAGACAUCUAUUAGUAGUUAAAGAAAGUGGUGGUGAUGGAGGUGGAGGGCUGUCAACAGGAGCAAUAGUUGGGAUUGUUAUUGGAGUUUUAGUGGCAGUUGCAAGCAUUUGUGGUUUGAUUUUCUACUUUGUAAAAACAAAGAAACGGACAAAAGUACGCCUGAGUGUUAAAGGUCCAGCCAAUAAAGCAUCGCAUAGAAAUCCAGAGGCUGAGUUGAAUUAUGUAGAUAUCAGUCAUGCACCGAAGGCUGGUGGAGGAGGAGUGAAUCUAGGGAAUAUGAAUGAAUCUAGGACAGAGUAUGCACAAAUAACACAUGGAGUCUCAGGGAAACCAAGAGCUCCUCCACCUCCCUAUGGAAGUCAGCCAUUAAACCCCUCCUCAUUACCAGAAGGGAUCACCUAUGCACAGGUGAGGAAAUGAAACUCAACUGACACGCCAUCUGAGUUCACAGAGUAUGCCUGAAUAUUGCACAUUUUACAUAUUGUGUAAAAGCAUUUUUUCCCUAAAGUUGUUAUUGUAAAAGUGAAAUACAGCGUUUUGAGUAUGGUACUGUAUUUGACUGAAUGCAAAAUGACCUGCGGGUUGAAAAAUAAAAUCUUCUAUUUUAAAAUGAUACAGUAUAUGAUAUGAAAAUAUUAUAAGUCUUUAUGAAGACCAUGAGAACAAAUGUUUAUCCUAUAAUACAUAUCUAAAAUGUACUUUAUUGGUAUUAAAGUGUUCAUGUGUGCCUGCAGAACGCUGAUUUCUAUAGGACUGGAAUGGCCAAUUAAGAUUUGUUUUUACAGUAUAAGAUUAAAUUUGAACUCAUAUAGUUAAACAUUUACAAAUGUGUUUACGCCAAAUGAUCUUUGAGAUUCUGCUAUCUAUUUUUAAAUCACAUACCAUUUUUCAGAAAUGAGAAGAUCUUCCUCUUUGUCUUUUGCACUUUGCUGAUAAAAAAAUGUAAAACCAUGAUAGUAGAUAGUAAAGAGCAGAGGUUGCAUUUGUGACUCAAUUGACCUAUAAUUGUAAACGCUUAUGUAAUGUACAACUUUGCUCAAACAAUGUAAAAACAAAAUGCAGCAUUUUUGUCAAAUCAACAUAUAUUUUUAUGUUACUUUAACUUAAUAAAUUAAGUUAAACAAUUUCAACUUGUUUUUAUGAGUUAUGUUAACUUUUUUAAGUCCAAACUUAAAAAAGCAGGUUGAAUUGACUUGCAAAACCAAAUUGUUUUAACUUCAUGCUACAUUUUUUUACAGUGUAAAUGGCAUUUUGUUUGGUAGUCAGUAGUCUGUUUUUGGUUAAAUUACAUGUUAUUUAAUAAAACAAAUGUAAAAAAGUAUAAUAUAUAA